GGCAGUCAGUGAUCAGCUGGCUUCCGAUGAAAGGAACAUGUUUGUCCUCCAGAGGUCUUCUAUCUUAUCACGUCAUGGGGUUCGGGUGCGCACCCUGCCAUCUCCAACGGCAACCUCUGACGUCCAACAGAGGAAUAUCCAUGAGGUUUCGGGGGAUGUUGUGCCUAUAAAUAUGGUGAAGGGUAUAGGACAUCUGAGAGAUCCACGAUUGAAUAAGGGGCUAGCAUUUACCCUGAAGGAGAGAAUAGCUCUGGGUAUCCACGGCCUCCAGCCCCCCCGCUUCAAAACCCAGGACGAACAGCUGGCCCUGUGCAAGGCCUCGGUGAUGAAAUACACGGAGGAUCUCAAUCGUUACCUCUACCUCGUGGAGCUCCAGGAGAGGAACGAACGCUUGUUCUUCCGACUCCUGAGUGAGAACAUCGAGCAGAUGAUGCCUAUUGUCUACACCCCGACUGUUGGUCUAGCUUGCCAGAAAUUCGGAGUUAUUUAUCGACGACCUAGGGGACUUUUCAUAACUAUUUAUGAUAAGGGCCAUAUCUAUGAGAUUCUGAAUAAUUGGCCAGAGCAAGCAGUUCGCGCCAUUUGCGUGACCGAUGGGGAGCGGAUAUUGGGUCUUGGUGACCUUGGUGCUUGCGGAAUGGGCAUUCCAGUAGGAAAAUUGGCUCUGUACACUGCUCUUGCGGGGAUUAAGCCUCACCAAUGUCUUCCGAUAACGAUUGAUGUGGGGACGAACAAUGAGCAGCUUCGCGAUGAUCCUCAUUACAUUGGUCUCAACAAACCGAGGAGUCAAGGGGCUGAGUAUGAUGAGCUCAUUGAUGAGUUCAUGGCUGCUUGUGUGAAGAAGUAUGGACAGAAUGUCUUAAUUCAGUUCGAGGACUUUGGCAACCACAACGCCUUCCGCUUCCUCGACAAGUAUCGUGACAGAUACUGCACAUUCAACGACGAUAUCCAGGGCACGGCGGCGGUAGCCGUAGCCGGAAUAAUGGCAUCUCAAAGAAUAACAAAAAGAAAAAUGUCUGAUAAUAAAUUCGUCUUCCUGGGCGCCGGUGAGGCUGCCAUUGGAAUCGCAGAUUUGUGCGUUAAAGCCAUGGAGGCCGACGGCUGCACGGAACAAGAGGCCAGAGAUAAGGUCUGGAUGAUGGAUAUCGAUGGACUGUUGACGAAAGAACGUAAAGUGGGCAAUUUGGAUGGCCAUAAAUUGUGGUAUGCUAAGGACCAUAGAGAAAUUAAGACUCUGUUAGAUGUUGUUAGAGAAGUCAAACCCACGUGUCUGAUUGGUGCGUCGGCAGCUGCGGGGGCGUUUACUCCUGAGGUACUUAAGGAAAUGGCGAAGAAUAACGAGAGGCCACUUAUAUUUGCACUCAGUAAUCCGACUAGCAAGGCUGAGUGCACAGCCCAGCAGGCUUAUGACAACACUGAGGGAAGGUGUAUAUUCUCAUCAGGAUCGCCCUUCGGCGAGGUCAAACAUGACGGCAAAAUCUAUAAACCCGGCCAAGGAAACAACGCAUACAUCUUUCCGGGAAUUGCCCUAGGGGUGAUUGCCACCGGUGUUCAUCACAUCACGGAGGAUCUGUUUCUGAUAUCAGCGAAGACCGUUGCCGAUCAUGUUACCGAUGAGGACUUGGCCAGGGGGAGUGUCUACCCUCCUCUGGGGACUAUUAAAGAGUGCUCCAUCGAAAUCGCGGUUAGGAUUGCCGAGUAUGCCUAUGGUCAAUGUGGACUAGCUAGUGAAUAUCCCGAACCCAAAGACAAGAAAAAAUUCGUAAUGGAGAAGAUGUAUGAAGCCAACUAUGACAGCCCUCUUCCUAACUUCUACGAGUGGCCCGAGGACUACGCGAAACCACGGGUUCUCCCGGAGGAAGUUCUUGUUCCAGGGAAAACCUCGAAAUUCGUCACAAUUUGAAGCAUUUGUGAAAAGUCGAGUGAUUGAAUGAGUGAAUUCACAACUCAUCGUGUUGAUGCUGAGGAAAAUAUGUAACUCUACGUCGAAAACUGCCGCACGUCGCCAUCUCAAGAAAUUAUAUUUUAACUCUGAUUGUAUUAUUGGGAAUGACAAAUUCAGUAUCCGAUUCAGUAUUUUUUUUUAGAAUUCGUGGAGAUUUUUUCAGUUGAAGGUUCUUUACAGUCGAUUUUUCUCGUCAUGCUCAGCGAUGAAAUUUUCUUCGUCGACUGGGAAUUGAGUUGUUGAGUGAACAAUUUGUCUAGGAAUUAAUUGAAUUGGUUAAUUGGUCUUAUUGAUCGAUUACUUGAUUAAUCUUUUCUCAGCAGAUUUAGUCAGAUGACGAAGUAUUACGUGAGAACGAACGAAAGUAACAAAAUACGUUUGUCAAAGUAUUCUCAAUGCCAUUUUCAGAAUUUUAUCGUUGUCAGUGGGAAAUUUAUCAGCGUUGGGUGCUUUUGGCGCUCCAUUAAUUUUCAUAGCUCUUUGAAAUACUGUACUUAACUGUUGAUGCUGUCAACUUUGAUAAUUGCGGGUUUCAUUACAUGCUCGAUUCAUCGAUAAAGAAUUUCAUACGUCUAUUUUACCUCGUGAAAUUGUGAUCUAAGAAAACUGUGAAUUCUUGUAUUUCAGAUGGGGGUCAAUAGUUAUUUAUUCCGUCGUAGCAAAUGAUGUUUAUGUCAAUUUUGUUAUCGAUUACUUAAAUUAUUGUCGAUUGUGUAAUAAAAAUGAUGAGUCGAAAAUUAA